AUGGAUCUCCCGUCACUGAAGCGGUGUACUGUGCGGCGCCUGCUUGCCGAGAUCGGCUUCAAGUACGAGAAGAGGUGCCGCAACUCGCUGCUUAUCGACCGCGACGACAUCGUCGAGUGGCGGAAUCGCUACCUUCGUGACGUAGAGCGCUACCGGGCGGAAGGCCGAAAGAUCUUCUUCCUGGACGAGACAUGGGUGACGGCGAGACACACUCAGUUGAUCGUAUGGACAGACACCGUGGUGCAGAAGCGCGGACGCAUGUACGCUCGCGCAAAUGGCCUUUCAACGGGUCUGAAACAACCCUCUGGGAAAGGCCAGCGCCUGAUCGUCACGCACAUCGGCAGUGAAGAUGGGUUCGUAGACGGCUGCUUGGAUGUAUUCCGAGGACGAAAAACAGGCGAUUGCCACGAAGAAAUGGACGGCAAUCGCUUCGAGGGAUGGUUCGGCGACGUGCUGCAGAAGUUGCCAGCUGGUAGUGUCAUUGUUUUGGACAAUGCACCUUACCACUCCCGGCGAGAAGAGAAAUUGCCGACGACGUCCUGGAAGAAGGAAAACAUACAAGAGUGGCUGAAUAGCAAGGACAUCGCCUACAGCGCGACGUUAGUGAAGAGGCAGCUGCUUGAGUUGGUGGCAUCUGUGAAGCCACGCUUUCUCAGCUACAUCAUAGACAACGCAGCUGCAAGGGCCGGUUGCGUUGUGCUCAGGCUCCCGCCGUACUACUGCGAAUUCAAUCCCAUUGAGCUCGUGUGGGCAAAGCCCAUCGUCAUCCAAGUGGGGGAAGAUGACAGUGAAGAAAGCUACUCUGACUGCGAGCUGUCCGGCAUUGAGCCCUACGAGGAAGCUUAA